AUGUAUCUCAACUCCAUGUUCCCCAAUCCCGCCCCAUUUCCAGCUUCAAACGCUCACAAUUUCUUCUUCAAGAGGCCGGAUCAGACAGCAUGGCCAAACUUUACAGUACACAUCGAUCUUGGUACCCUAAAUAAGGAUGGACUCCCCAGACGCCUGAUGUAUGAUGACUACCUUAGAAACAUCGACGACUUGAGUACUGGUCUUAGUGCACCUGUAAAGCAAGGGGGUCUAGGCUUGCAGGGCUGGGAUGAGGGCGUCGGCGUCGGGGAUGUCAACCAAGAGGGUGGCAAGGAGAUUAUUGGAAUUAUGGGCGAAAACUCAUCGGAAUACAUUACCGUCAUCCACGCAUGUCUGCGUUCAACUAUACCGUUUGCCCCAAUCUCACCCUACAGUACACCCUUCGAACUUACCCAUGCACUGACAUUGUCAAAGGCCACACGCCUCUUCGUUGAUGAAAAGCUUCUUUCCUCAGUGCUUCCUGUAGCAGAGAAGGUUGGAUUGAAGCUCGACUACAUUCAUAUUCUCAAACCCAACGGAACCAAGUCCAACCUUCGAAACCAAACUCGAAUAUCAUUGUCAGGGAUCAUAGAGACUGUACGAAAGCGCAGUAUCAAGACGGUUCCGAUACAGCCUGCAACAGGAAGAACUUUGGCAUACCUCGUGUUCUCCAGUGGAACAAGUGGCCUUCCCAAAGCUGUCAUGAUAUCACACGGGAAUCUUAUCUACGCCAUGGCACAGGCAUUAACACUCUUCGAGGCCACAGUACAGGUUUACACGCCUCCUGCUCCUCCUAGCCCAGAUGGUCUUCCUGUGACGCUUGCCAUCCUACCACUGCACCAUUCGUACGGACUCCAUGCGUAUAGUUUUCGGUGCACUUUCGUUCCAAACACGCUCCUUAUCCUUCCAAAAUGGAAUGCCGAUGUCGCUCUCGACGCAAUUUCCAGAUAUAAGGUGUCUGCCCUAACCAUGAUCCCUUCUCUCAUCCAUCAACUUGUAAAUCAUCCCAAUAUCGACAAAGCUGACCUGGGUAGUGUAUCAAGUAUCAUGUGUGGCGCGGCCUAUCUACCACCCAACCUCGCAAAGAAAUUAAUGAAACACACAUCAGCGGAGGUAAAUUUGACGGAAGGGUACGGAAUGUCAGAAGCUACUAUCGGCGCCAUGGUCCAGCCGCUAGAUGGAAUGCUUGAUGGUAGACUCAGACGCAUUGAGGGUUCCACCGGAGUUUUGCUGCCUGGAAUGGAAGCGCGACUUCUGAAGGAUGAAGAAGCUGUCCCUCCGUCAUCCACACUGCCGUCCUCCGAUAUUGAUUGCAACGUAAACGAAGAAGGGUAUCUUUGGCUGCGCUCUGAAAAUAUUUCCAUCGGAUACUGGAACAAUCCCAAAGCCAACAGCGAGACGUUUGUGGGAGGAUGGUUACGAACAGGUGAUCGAUUCAGGGUUGAUGAAAACGGAAACUUCUGGUUUGCUGAUAGGGCAAAAGAUACACUGAAGGUAUCUGGCUCCCAAGUUUCCCCGGUGGAAAUCGAAAAUUGUCUGCUCUCGCAUCCGGAAGGAAUCAUUAUUGAUGCUACAGUUGCGGGCGUAAGUGGUGGACGUACUAACGACGAAAAGAUACCAAGAGCUUGGGUAGUACUUAGCGCAACCGGCAAAGAUCAGAAGAAAGGUUGGGGUAAGGAGAAGGUUAUCAAGGAGCUAGACCGCUGGCACAAGGCUAACCUAAGUAAGUAUAAAUGGCUCAGAGGAGGUAUCGAAGUCGUCGAUGAGAUUCCCAAGUCACCUACUGGAAAGGUACUUCGUCGCGUGUUACAAGAGCAGUACGAAUCUCGCGCAAAGAAUUCGAAGAGUUGGUUUAAAGGAUUGAAAGCCAAACUUUGA